UAGAUUUUUUUUUCAUAGUCAUUGUAACAUAAAAAAAUAUAGACUUAUAAGUCUAUCUAAUUGCAUACAAUGAAGAAGAAAUAGAUACAGGUUAGUUUUAUUAACCAAGAUGUUGAAUCAAAUGCAACAAGCUCAAUUGGUCGACCAGCACCACAAACAAGUUCAUAAUCGACCUCAACAACAACAGCCUCAAGUUUUGUAUAGUGUAUGUAUUCCAACAAAUUUAGAAGAAAAUCUAGCUGGAAGCAAUACUCAAUGUAGUGUAUUUAAACAAAUAAAUAUUAUUCCAGGUUUUGAUGCUGAAAAUGCAGUUGUGGAUACAGGUAUAAAAUUGGUUCGUCCUGCCGGUGCCCAAGUUCAUUUAUCAGCUAAUAUUAAUUCUGGUUCCAACGAGUUUGAUGGAAAGCGUAUGCGGCGGUCUAUACAACGCAGGACAGUAGACUAUAAUGCUUCAACUAUUCAACAAAUUAAGUACCGACUUUUCCGCAGAUCAGUUUUGCAGCGACCUGUUAGUCAACCAGACCCAUUGUAUUAUCCUGAGCUUAUUCAGCCAUGUACUCUUCUUGAUAAUCCUAUGAACGCCGUUACAACUAGAUUUGUUCGUGCUUCAACCAACAAAGUCAGGUGCCCAGUGUUUUCGGUAGCUUGGACUCCAGAAGGGCGGCGUGUAGUAACAGGUACAAGUAGUGGAGAGUUCACAUUGUGGAAUGGCCUAACAUUUAAUUUUGAAACUAUUCUUCAGGCUCAUGAGUCAUCUGUGCGCGCCAUGGAGUGGAGUCAUAAUGACAUGUGGUUGCUCUCUGGUGAUCAUAAUGGUGUGAUAAAGUAUUGGCAGAGUAAUAUGAACAAUGUUAAAAUGCUGCAAGCCCAUACAGAUCCUAUUCGUGGUGUGAGUUUUUGUCCGACAGAUAAUAAAUUUGUCACUUGUUCUGAUGAUGGACUGAUCAAACUAUGGGACUUUUACAGAUGUCAAGAAGAAAGGAUUCUACGAGGUCAUGGUGCAGAUGUAAAGUGUAUUGGGUGGCAUCCUUUCAAAAGUAUGGUAGCGUCUGGAAGUAAAGAUAGUCAACAACCUCUUAAGUUAUGGGACCCUCGUACAGGAUCCAGUUUAGCUACAAUUCAUGGACACAAGAGCACUGUUAUGGAUUUAAAUUGGAAUAAAAAUGGUAACUGGUUACUUACUGGUUCUCGUGAUAGACUAUUAAAAGUCUUUGAUAUUCGUGUAAUGAAAGAAAUUUACACUUUUAGAGGGCACAAGAAGGAAGCUGCUUCUGUAAACUGGCAUCCUUUGUAUGAAAACAUGUUUGCUAGUGGAGGAUCCGAUGGUUCCAUAAUGUUCUGGCUAAUGGGAUGUGAAAAAGAGUUAGGAGCUAUGGAUAAUGCUCAUGAUGGCAUGAUAUGGGAUUUAAAGUGGCAUCCUCUUGGACAUAUUUUAUGCUCAGGAUCAAAUGAUCAUACUACUAAAUUUUGGACAAGAAACAGACCUGGUGACAAGAUGCGAGAUAAAUACAAUUUAAAUGUUCUACCUGCUGGUUACGAGGAUGACUAUGAGUAUGAAUUGCCUACAAUGACACAAAGUGAGGAGUCUACAUCAGUUGAUUCUUCUUUAAAUUUGACUGGAUCAAUUGUAAAUCUUACAUCAACUAAAGUUGAGCAAGAAAUGGGUAUUUCUGAAGUGCUACGAUCACCUAUAAUACAAGCUCUUUUGCAGCAAGCAACACUUCAAGUUCAAAAACCUAACAGCAAAGAAACUCCUGCUCAAAUAUACACUGUACCUCGUCAACGUACUACAGCUAUCACAUUUAAAAUUGAUCCAAGUAAGCAGAAAAAAGCUAUAGAAGAAGUAGAAAGACUUGAAAAGCGGCGUGAACGUCAUCUUUCAAGGGGUCGUCAACCGUCCACUAGUGAAAACCCGAAUGCGCCGUCAUUACUUGAUCUUGAUAUUGCUCCUCCGCCAUUUUUAACAACUCACGAAUGGGAUGACGAAAUGAAAGACGUCCCAUUUAUGGAUGAUAUAAAAAGACAACAAUUAGAGCAAAGACCCGGCAGACCUUGCGAUAUUAAACGCCCACUUCAAAAUGAAGUUAAUCAUGUAAUUAACAAUGGUGAUUUUGAACCUAUGAACAUUGAUUGUGAUACUAUGCAGAGGAAUGUUGAUAACUUUAACAUUGCAAGUAAUGACGGUUUACGCUUUGCUGAACCAAUUAAUAAUUUUAGACGAAACGAAACAUUUCACGAUAACAGACCACCUCACUUGGAUGGUUUUGAUAGACCUGCCGGUCAGAACUCUCAUGGCGGAGAUUUUAGUAGACCUCCUCAUCUUCAUUCUGGAAACUUCGAAAGACCAAGAUUUGAUGAUCGUCGGUCUUUUAACGGACCAGAAAGAAUAGACUUAUUUCAUCCCGAAAACAGAAACUUCAAUAACAGCCAUCCAUUUCACCCGCAUCUUCGUAAUGAUCCUAUUAUUAAUGAUAUUCCCUUUGACAGACCAAUGGAUGGUCUUUUCGAUAGACCUCAUAACGGACCUUUUUUUGACAGGCAUUUUGAGAACCCACAAAUGAGAGAACCAAAUUAUCGAAUGGAUGGGCCGGUAUUUGAAAACGGACCUCAUUUUGAUAGGCCAAACGAUCGCUUUAUUAACGAACGAUUUCCCACACAAGAUAGACACGAUAUUCCAAGAGAUAGAUGGAAUGGUGGUGUUAAUCGUUGGCAAGACGAAAGAGUGGGUGGUAGUUUUGGCAGAUAGGUUAUUGUUUGUCUAAUUUUGCAUUCAGUUGCUGCUUUUGCCAUUUUACAAUUAAAAGCUAGCGAUGCAUAAAUCGAUGAAUGACUUGACAUUUUCUAAUGAGUAAUAAAAAAAUGGAGGCAAAAUUUAAAAAAAUAAAAAUAAGUGUUUGA